AUGGCAGCUCCACCAGAGAAGCAGUCUUGGAUUCCACCAUCUCAAGAUUAUGUGAAAUUGAAUUCAAAUGCUUCCCUUCUCCAAAGAACGAUGACUGGUGGCUUGGGUUUCAUAAUCCGUGAUGCACAGGGAUGGCCUUUACUUGUAGCAUCAAAGAAAGGCUCCUUCAACACGGCUUUCUUGGGGAAGGCUAUGGGUAUUCACAUGGGGCUCCAGCAUGUUGCAAUGGCUAGGUACAAAAGGAUUCUUGUUGAAUUUGAUAAUCUGGUGGUCAUCCGUUACCUACAGGAUACCAAUCAUCUACCACCAAUACUAGCGGUGUCAGUCAUAGAUGAUAUUAGGAUUUUAUGUCAAUCCUUUGAUGCAUGCUCUUUCUCUUGUAUUCCAAGGUGUGUCAAUGUUGUUGCAGAUAGCUUGGCUUGGAAGGCUCUAUUAGUUGCUUGUUUGACAGUCUGGCCUGUUUCUACUCCUUGGCUCCUUCUCCUUUGCAAAGGUGAGGUGUCGGGUGCCUCAUGA